AUGUCUAUCCUAGAGGCUGUAGCUGCUUCAGAGCCUUAUGGGCCUUUACCUUUGGCUCACAAGGAGGCAGAGAUCCUGGUCGAGACUACAUGCCUUGGACAAUUAACCGAGAGUUCCGAAUCCUCUCAGGACACUGACCAAGAUGCCGUGUGCAUUGUGGGAAUGGCGUGCCAUCUCCCUGGCGGUGUGUCCUCACCAUCAGAUCUAUGGGACCUCCUUUACAACAAACAGUCGGCGCAGUGUUCAGUCCCUGCUGAGCGCUUCAACAUCGAUGGCUUCUACCACCCAGAUGGGAACAGGUCGGGGUCCAUCAAUGUCAGCGGAGGCUAUUUCCUCAAAGAAAAUGUUCGCCAGUUUGACAACGCCUUCUUCGGCAUCAACAACCUAGAGGCCAGACACAUGGACCCUCAGCAACAGAAACUCCUCGAGGUUGUGUAUGAAUGCUUCGAAAAUGCAGGCCUCUCCAUGCAAGAUGUUUCCGAGUCCAACACUGGGGUGUUUGUCGGCAACUUCACAGUAGACCAUGCAGCCAUGCAGUCCAAAGAGACUGAUUACGUGCAUCGGUAUGCUGCAACAGGAGGUGGUACUUCCAUCAUGUCGAAUCGUAUUAGCCACGUCUUCAACCUCCACGGCCCUAGCAUGACCUUGGAUACUGCCUGCUCAUCCACCAUCUAUGCCUUGCACCAGGCUGUGCUGGCAAUAAACAAUGGCGAUUGUGACGGGGCCAUAGUUGCCGGCGUAAAUCUCAUAAUGUCUCCUGAGCAGCACAUCGGCACUAUGAAAGGAGGCUUUCUUUCACCAACGUCUGCCUGCCACACGUUUGAUGCGUCAGCUGAUGGUUAUGCCCGCGCCGAGGCCAUCAACGCAAUAUAUAUCAAGCGACUGUCCUCGGCUGUGAGCAUGGGACAGAAGGCUCGCGCUGUCAUUCGAGGAACGGCCAUAAACGCCAAUGGGCGAACCCCUGGUAUUACAUUACCAAAUGCCACGCACCAAGCAGCGGUUAUCAGGAAGGCGUAUGAAAAUGCCGGCCUUGAUCCAGCCGAAACCGAUUACGUUGAGUGCCAUGGCACAGGCACUCCUGUAGGUGACCCAAUCGAGGUUGACGGCAUUGCACAAUGCUUUUCUCCUCGUCCAGGGAAACCACUAAUGAUUGGCUCGGUGAAAACCAAUCUUGGACAUUCAGAGGCUGCCAGCGGUUUGACGUCGAUAAUGAAAGUUGCCCUGGCUUUUGAGCACGGCCUCAUCCCCCCGACGUACGGCGUCAAGAAUUUGAAUCCCAAGCUGAAACUUGCGGCGCGUAAUAUGCAAGUAUUGAACGAGCCAGAGGAAUGGCCACGAGCAAUGCGCCGAGCAAGUGUCAACUCAUUUGGCUACGGCGGUGCCAACGGCCACGUCAUUCUUGAGUCAGUCGAUAGUUACUUGAAUCGAUCAUCAAGCACCAUGUCCAAGCCUCUAUCUGCCAAAGCCUGCGAUGCUCCGGAAGAGUCGCUGUUUGUUAUCCCAUUUUCCGCUGCAUCUUCUUGGUCCUUGUCGAGGCGGCGCAUGCAGAUAUCUCAUUUGGUCCAAUCAUCUGGCAACGACAUGAUGCGGGACCUGGCCAUGACCUGUGUGACAAGAGACUCCAAGCUGCAGCUCCGGGACUUCGUCGUUGCCAAUACAGGUACCAAACCGGUUAUUCUGGAGGGGGGAGUGGAAGCGGACGCAGUGCCACAGAACGCUCGCGCUCUGCCCUUGGCUUUCGUCUUCACAGGACAGGGCGCGCAGUACGCCAGCAUGGCCAAGGAGCUCCUCAAACAGAACCCGAUCUUUCUUGCCAGUAUCCGCCAACUUGACCAAGUCCUUCAGUCGUUGCCCAAGGAGCAUGCUCCCAGCUGGACGAUUGAAAAGAUGCUUCUGAGUUCUUCUGCAAGCCAAAUAAAUCUUGCAACCCACAGUCAGCCGCUAUGCACAGCUAUACAGGUCGCUCUCGUGGAUGUCCUGCGCGACUGGGGGAUCAGCCCCUCGGCAGUUGUCGGCCACUCCUCUGGUGAGAUUGCUGCCUCGUAUGCGGCAGGGCUUUUGACGGCGUCCCAGGCCAUCUUGGCCGCCUACUUUCGAGGGCUCGCAGUUGGCCAGCUGCAAGCUCGAGGCACAAUGAUGGCGGCCGGAAUCAGUGCCGAGGAUGCCAGAUGCAUGAUUCAGGAGAAAGGCUUGAUGCAAGUUCGCGUCGGCUGCAUCAAUUCGCCCUCAAGCAUCACACUCAGUGGAUCCGCGAGCGAUAUUCAAGCCCUCGAGGACGAGUUACAAAGGAUUGGCAAGUUUCAUCGUAAGCUGGAGACUGGGGGGCGCGCCUAUCACUCGCAAAUGAUGGUUGAGAUUGGUGAACUUUAUGAACGGCUGAUUUCUCCAUACCUUGAAGAAAGAUGUGAUGCUGAUAAGGUCCCGUUCUUCUCCUCAGUCGGCAUUCUGCCCGAGGAGAUUCAGAAUGUUGACGGCAACACCGAUAUGUCUGCCUAUUUUAGACGCAACCUGGAACUGCCAGUUCAAUUCAACGACGCACUUCAAAGAAUCAUUACAAGUCAAAGAUACCAUGUCGUCGAGGUUGGGCCGCACGCUGCACUCAAGGGUCCCAUCCAACAAAUUCGGAGCAGCCUCGAACUGGGCCAGGACGUGAUCCCGUAUACCCCCACACUGGUCAGGAAAGAAGACGCAAAUCGGGCGCUCAAGAAGAUGGCAGGAACGCUCCAUGUUCACGGACAUUCUGUCAACUGGCUCUCUGUCAACAAUCUCCCUAUGACAUGCUCGCCCCCCUUGCUAGACCUACCACCAUACCCCUGGGACUAUUCCAAGCCAUCGCUGUGGCACGAGCCACGGGCAAGCGUUGAGACUCGCAACCGGAAAUAUCUUCGACAUGAACUUCUGGGUACCCGGAAGCUCGUGGAGAAUGGAAUCGAUUGGAACUGGCGCAACAUCUUCCGAGUCUCCGAGAUGCCGUGGUUGAAGGAUCACAAGCUCGAGUCGACCAUUGUUCUCCCGGGAUCAGCCUACGUUGCUCUGGCCAUCGAGGCAAUCUCGCAGAUUGAGUCGUUGAAGGAGAGGCUCGAGAAUGGCGACUCGGCGUCAUUCGAGUGCCGCAACAUUAGCAUAAGUGCGCCCCUGAGCAUUCAAGAAGAAGGCGACGCUGAGCGCAAGGACACGGAGCUACACACAACCAUGUCUCGGCGCAAGCUCUCAAAUGUAAACUCGUCGGCUUACUGGUACGACUUUUCUGUGUCGUCUUGGCAAGAUGGAGAAACCUCACUACAUUGCACGGGCAGCAUACGUACACUGGAUUCGCCAUCCAUGAUGCCUGGUCAAGGAGGCACCCUGGUCACUGAUACCCAGGGCUUUGAACUCUGGUCCAUGGAUCGCUGGUACAAGAAGUGCAGAGAGGAAGGUCUCGAUUUCGGGCCCCAUUUCAAGUCAUUGACUGGCCUCCAUACCGACGCCGGCCGGGUGCGGGUGGACUCUAUUGCCACCACACAGCGCGAGCCUCCAUGCACCAAGGACGGCGGGACUUUCUAUGCUAUUCAUCCAAUCACACUGGAUGCCUGCUUCCAAGCUGCAAUCAUGGGCGGCACAGCGGGAGAGCUGAGCACGCUCCGAGCAUUUGUUCCUACCUUCAUUGAGGAGUGCGUGAUCCGGGUCCCACGACGCCUCUCCCCUGAUCAGCCCAGUAAGGACUGCAGCAUCCAUUCGCGGGUGGGAAAGACGGGGUUCGGCACUCGAAACGUGGACUGUACUCUCCGGCAGCCAGACGGCACGCCGGUAGUUAAUAUCAGAGGCCUCCAUCUCUCGCUGUACACCGGCAAGGCGCCUGUCCAGCCCAUCUUGAAUCAGUUCCUGAAACGACAACCUACGCUCCGUGUGCUAUGGAAGCCCGACAUUCUUCGACUGCGCCCUGGCGCCCAGGCCCAGCUCCAGGCAUAUAUCAAUGCAUUCGCAGAUUUACAGCCGGCAGACAUGCAUGACAACCCAUCCAGCGUUGUUCUGGGGGCUCUGCUCGACCUGGCCGGCCACAAAAACCCACGUAUGCGCGUGUUGGAGCUGGGGGCCGGGUGCGACUGCACAGAAAAAACGUUCCUGAAGAUGCUGUACAAGGACACGGCCUACCCGCGUUGCCAAUCCUGGAAUGGUGGCAACCUUGAUGAGAACAACGAGAUCUCAUUCAUCAACAAGGCGGAGGGUAAGAAGCCCUUUGAUGUCGUUGUUAUUUCCCGCCAUUCUACUUCCAAAAGGUUUUGGACCCGAGUUCCAGAGAAGGUAACAUCACUGCUUGCUGAGCAGGGCCUUGUCAUUACCAGAACCUCUGAUGGAGCUGUCUCUUCGUUGGCCUCUGCGGGAUUCAGGGUCGUGAAGCUUCAGCACAAUGUGCUUCUUGCGAUUCCGGCCCAACGGCCGAAGCCAAUUCAUGGCAAAACAUCACUCAUCAUCAAACCAAAUGAGUCGUCUACUAUCAUUGAUGGCUUUGCAGCUCUGCUACGAACCCAUCUGGAAAGACAUGCCGACGUUGAAAAGGUGGUCAUCGCAUCUCUUCACGCUCUCGACAACAUUGAGGUUUCAGAGGAGACUGUUUGCGUUUCCCUCCUUGAACUCGAGCAAGAACUUCUAGCGACUCUCAAACCAGAGGACAUGAAUCGUCUUCGCAAGAUGACGAAUGUCGUCACUAGCCUGAUAUGGCUUACGGGCGCCGAUAUGCUUGGGAGUCCAAACCCAGACCUCACCCUAUCCUGCGGUCUCUCGCGUGCCCUAAUGCUAGAGCAGCCCUCGCUGAGAUUUGCCCUUCUCGAUUGUGGAGAAGCAGAUCUUGCCAGACCCCAAGAUGCCUUGACAACUUGCGAGAACGUUGUCGAAGUUGCGGUUUCCAGAGCAGCGGUUGAUGACACCGAGUUCAUUGAGAAGGAGAAGAUGCUCUUCAUCAGCCGCUUUGUCCCCGAUAUGGAGGUCAACUCCUUGUUCCGGCAGCGCAUGGAGGAGUCGGAGCAGAUGAAGAUAGUUCCCUUUGGUAAACUCGGCCCAGCCAGCUUGUCCAUCGGGCAGAUCGGCAUGAUCGACACAAUGCAUUUCCAGCAGGUCUCUCAACCGUCCACCAGACCACCAGCGGGUCAUGUCGACGUCGACUUGAGGGCCGUCAGCCUCAAUGCAAAGGACAUCUACGUCAUGAACGGCCGUGUCGAAACCAAAAACGCCACCACGGCACUGGACUUUGGUGGCGUCGUGUCGGCCGUCGGGCCAGACGUCACGCACAUCCAGCCCGGCGACCGCGUAGUUGCAUUCGCCCCGAACCACUUCAAGACCACGGAGCGUGUUCCUGUGGGCUCGGUACACAAGAUGUUGCCGACGGAGCGGUUUACAACUCUGCCGGCGCUGAUGACCAUAUACGCCACCGCGCUCCACGCCCUUCGCGACCGCGCCAACGUGCGUCCCGGCGAGGCGGUCCUGAUCCACGCCGGGGCGGGAGCCUUUGGCUUUGCGGCCAUCACCAUGGCUCGCUCCAUGGGGGCAGUUGUUUAUACGACCUGCGGGUCCCCGGCCAAGCGUAAGUUCCUCAUAUCCGACGUCGGGGUUCCAGCAGACCACAUCUUCAACUCGCGCGAUUCCUCCUUUGUGGAGCACAUCAAAGCGGCUACCGGCAACGGCGUAGACGUGGUAAUCAACUCUCUGGUGGGUGAUCUAAUGCAUGAGAGCUGGGGUUGCCUGGCACCGUUUGGCCGCUUCAUCGAAAUCGGAAAGCGGGAACUCGUCGACGCCGGUAAACUGGACAUGAGUGUCUUCUUGAGGGGGGCUUCCUUUUCAGCCUUUGAUCUCACCGACUACUUCUAUGCUGAAAACCCCUUGCACCGUAAUGUUUGGGACAGCCUUGCCGAUGAAGUGGUCAAACUGUACCGCUCAGGCAAGAUUCAAACCCCGCCCAUCACAUCGUUUGAUGUGUCCAACAUGGAGCAGGCAUACCACUACUUCAACAACAAGGACCGGGUCGGGAAGGUGGUUGUAUCCAUGGAGAAUCCUGAAAGCCGGGUCCCAAUGAUGCCAGCCAAAUACUCGACUGUCCUCGACCCCGACAGGUCGUAUCUACUGGUCGGUUGCCUUGGUGGCCUGGGACGCAGCCUGAGUCGCUGGAUGAUGGCCAGGGGGGCCCGCAAGUUUGUCUUCAUGGGCCGAUCUGGAUGUGACAAGCCGGCGGCGGCACAGUUGGUUGCUAAUUUGCGGAAUACAAAUACCCAAGUGUCCGUCGUCCGCGGGGAUGUAGCCGACGCCAUUCAUGUCCGUGAAGCCGUGUCGGCCUGUCUCGCUCUGGGGCCCAUUGGCGGCGUCGUCCAGGCGGCCAUGGGCUUGAAGGAGGCUCUCUUCACAAGCAUGUCCAAUGAAGCCUGGCAUACCGGGAUCCAGCCCAAGUGGAAGGGCACAUGGAACCUACACAACGAAUUGAUGGGCCGCGACGCGCAGCUGGAUUUCUUCCUGAUGACCUCUUCCAUCUCGGGCAGUCUCGGUACCGCUACAGAAAGCAACUAUUGUUCCGCCAAUGGCUUCCUGGACUCGUUUGCCCGCUGGCGGAGGUCGCAGGGGAAACCCGGCGUCUCGCUGGGCUUGGGCAUGAUCUCAGAGGUCGGCUACCUCCACGAAAACCCAGAGAUUGAGGCAAUGCUCCUCCGAAAAGGGAUACAGCCUUUGGGCGAGGACGAGCUUCUCCAAAUUGUCGACUAUGGCCUGAGCGGUCCCGGCGGUGAAGCAGACUUCCUGAGUGGUUCAUCCCUACCCGACGAAGCAGCACACCUUCUUACCGGGCUAGAGCCAUUGAGUGUGCGCAAGCUCAUGUCGCGGGGCUUCGACGUGAGCGGCGGCGUCAUGGACGAGACCCGUGCCUCUCUCUUGGCAGCAUCUCUCUUGGCCGAGAGCGACGCCCGUCAACUAAGCCAGAAGCCAGAUGCAGCAAACCUUGCCAUGGUUUCCGGAUGGGCCAGGGACCUACCUGCCGACGCCGUGGCCAUGUUUGCCACCGAGAUGGACGCAGAUUCGAUGAUGCAGGCUGUCCUUGGUCUCGUCAAGAAGCGCUUCAGCAACUUGAUCUUGUCGGACCAGGUCGACGAAAACAAACCGCUGCCCUCGUUCGGGGUGGACAGCAUGCUCGCGGCCGAGUUCCGCAGAUGGUUCUUCAAUGUUUUCAAAGUGGAUGUGCCCUACCUAGAUAUCGUGAGCCCUCAAAAGACCCUUCUUACUCUUUCCGGAUUUGUGCACGACAAGCUGAAGAGCAGCUGGGCUCUUGGCCCGUAG